AUGACUGUCAUAAUAAAAUACAAUCAGUUUCCCUCGUGGCUCAAAUGGUAAAGAAUCUGCCUACAGUGCGGGAGAGCGGGGUUGGAUCCCUGGGUUGGGAAGAUCCCCUGGAGGAGGGCAUGGCAACCCUCUCCAGUAUUCUUGCCUGGAAAAUCUCAUGGACAGAGGAGCCUGGCGGGUUGCAGUCCAUGGGGUCACAAAGAGUCCGACAUGACCAAGCGACUAACACUUUCACUUUCAACACAACUUUUGGAGACUUAAAAAGUUAAAUGCUUUCACUUUCACAGGUAGCAGAAACCCCAGUUACAUAGUGGCUUUGCUCUAGAAUUGCUCUGUGAUAUUAGCAAAUCACUUUUUGUGCUUUUCUUUGUGCAAGAUAUCCAUUAAAUUAGACCAACAUGAGAUGAAUUUAUUACAUUUGUCUAUUUUUAAAAAGGGAAAUUUUGCUCUUUUGUUCGUCUCAGGGGAGGGCCGUUGGCAGGGGCCUGCGAUCCGCCGCUUCAGUGAGGGGGCUCGACAGUGGUCACCCGGCUUGUUGCUUUUCUGGUCGCCACUCCCCAGCUGGCCGGACAAGACCCACCAGUAGCGCGGCACCGAUUCCUCUCGGGCUUGUGGGCGCUGCUCUGAGCAGCGUCAUCCUUUAUACCAGAAAGCUGGCGGGCACUAUGUGGAAAAAACAAAAGAAGAAGAAAGUGGAGGAGGUGCUAGAAGAAGAGGAGGAAGAGUACGUGGUGGAGAAAGUCCUAGACCGCCGAGUGGUGAAGGGCACAGUGGAGUACCUGCUGAAGGGGAAGGGGUUCUCAGGUGAGGAUAACACAUGGGAACCAGAAGAGAACCUGGAUUGCCCUGACCUCAUUGCUAAGUUUCUGCAGUCACAGAAAACAGCACAUGAGACAGUUAAAUCAGAGGGAGGCAAGUGCAAAGCUGAUUCUGAUUCGGAAGAUAAGGGGGAGGAGAGCAAACCAAAGAAGAAGAAAGAGGAGUCAGAAAAGCCACGAGGCUUUGCCCAGGGUUUGGAGCCAGAGCGGAUUAUUGGAGCUACGGACUUCAGUGGAGAACUCGUGUUCCUGAUGAAAUGGAAGAACUCUGAUGAGGCUGACCUGCUUCCUGCCGAGGAAGUCAAUGUCAAGGGCCCGCAGGGUGUCACAUCCUUCUACGAGGAAAGGCUGACGUGGCAUGCUUACCCCUCAGAGGAUGAUGACAAAAAAGAUGGUGAAAAUUCACUUUCUUGAAUACCAGCCCCUGUCACAUCUGACUGUGGGUUUCAAGUGGGGAAAGGAGGAGUUCUACUUGUCUUGACACCAUAAAGGUGGCUUGAGAAGAUGUCCUUUGAAGAGCCAGUAUAGUUUCUGUGCCCUACAGCAGCCCAAGUGCUUUAAAGCCGUUCCAUGCUGUAUAGUUUGCACACCCAUCUCCGUGGAGGGGAAGGAGGGUCAGUGUUUCAAGGCAACCCGUUCUGAACUUUGCUUAAAAAAAAACAAGCAAAGGGCCUUCUAUGAAGGACAAAACGCAGAAUGGGAUGUGGGAGAGCAAGAGAUACUGUAAAUCUUCAAAGAGCGUCUCCACAACCCCCCACACAGCCUUCUUCCCAAUAGUGUUAACUCUGCAUU